CCGUGUUGUUGUGUUUUGUGUUUGACAGCUGUUUCCGGUGUGCAGGCGGGGCUCAGAAAGCUUCAGACAGUCGAAGAUCUUCAGCUUUUUAUUCUUUUAGACGGAAUUAAAAACAUUUUCCAGCCGAGAAAAACCCAGAAAAGAAGAAAACCAAAACAGGAAGUUGGAGGAAAAUCAGUUUUAUCGACUUCCCGUGAAGGAAUCGGGAGGAACACUGUCCGGCUGCAGCUCUGUCUGUGGCUGCAGGAUGUGAAGACGAUCAGGAAGCAGCUCCACGAUCCAGACUCUGCAGACAAACAUGUCGCUGUUCUUCUCUGGAGCCGUUACAAGUUCUCCCAUAAAGCGGAGGUUGAGGAGCAAUCACUCCUGUCACAGAAUGGAUGUCUCUCUCCUCUCUCCCGACUCUUCAUACGUCUGUUACUCCUCGGUGGACGGCGGUGAUCCCUGCAGCUGCCGUCGUUCACCUCGACUCCUCACCAACGGAUACUACGACGUCACCGAGGACAGUUUCUGCUGGGACGACGACGGCAACGUGUCGCUGACGCCCUGCAAAGCCAGCGUUUCCUACAAGGAGAACCUGGUCAGGGUUUUCCGGCGGCGUCGGAGGCCUCGCAGCUCUCUGGUUCGCCUGCUGAGCGACGUGACUGAAAGCUGUCAGUCCUGGUUGGACGAGAAAGUCUUCAGAGGCGUCUUCAGGACCAACCAGAACCAGAACCAGGACCAGAACCAGAGGCUGGACCUAGACUUGAGCCAGGACCAGGACUUGGACCUGGACUGGACCAGGAGCAGCCUGGAGGGUCCGGCCUGGGGAGGACUGAACAGCACCGAGCUGGACGACGGACGCAGCUUCACUUAUGAUCCCACCGAAGUCCCGCCUCCUCCGGACAAGGAAGCCCCGCCCCCGAAGAUGCUCAUCCAGGAAGAGAUUUGCUCUGAGAUCUGUCAAUCAAAGGAGCGUUUCACCCAGUCGCUGGGCGGAUUGUCUGAAGUCCCGCCCCCCUCGCCAUUCUACACCAACAGCUGCUGCUGUCAGGCCUCACCUGAGCACACAGGUUUAACGAUGAAGGCUCUCCUCCUCCUCGUCUUCAUCAUCUUCAUCUUCGCUGCUCUGUACUCUGGGUGUUUGUGGUGGAGUUUCACUUUAACGUCGACCGUCUUCAUGAUGAUCACAACAUGCAUGCUCGUGACAAAGUCGGGUCCGCUGGGCGAGUGGAGGAGGGCGAAGACGGAGGACAUUACGUCAAGAAACGAGUAAAGAAAAAAACCCAGAGGAGACGGUUUGAAACUGAAGAGAAUCAGGAGAGAAAGUGUGACGGGACUCAGUAGAAAUAAGAUUUUAAUUAUUAUCUUUAUUAAUUGACUUCCUGUUUGCAUGUUAAAGAGCUCCGGAGAACAUUUCACAGCAGCAGCAGCAGCAGAUUAAAAUCCUGCUCUCUGAAAACAUUUCUAACCUUCAGAUUUAAGAUGAAACUGGAAAUGCUGAAGGAGCUCAGAGAGUUUCUGUAGUUUAGCAGAUGAAUAAUCACAUCCAGUAUAAAAGCGUUUCCUGUCGUCAGCGGCUGUUUCUGGGCGUCCAAAGUGACCAAACGUCUGAAAUCAGGUUCAAAACACAAACAUGAAGCCUCACUUCUACCUGAACUAGAGAAACUGUGACUUUUUCUAAAAACCAAAUGCACAAAAAUCACCUGGAGAUAAAAUAAAGAGCAGUUUUUUAUUUCUGAAGAAGCCGAAUGAAGAGUUUCACUCCAAAAUAAAAUUAUUUUUAACGAAUUAAAGCUGCACCAGCUCAGAUUUUAUCAUUAAAAAAUCUGUUUUCUGACAAAAAAUACUGAUAAUUUCCUCACUUUUUGGUAAAUAAAUUGCAUCAGUCUUCUUGUUUUGACUGAUUUUUCUGCUUUUAAGUUAAUUUUAUGUAAUUAAAGUGACAGUAAUCAACUCCAGUGGUAAAUUUUUGCAAUUUUUAUUCCUACAAUCUUUCAAAUUAAAGCCACUGACUGAAAUUAAACCAACAGGGAAACAAAUACACACAUAAUAAACGUAAUUUUUACUUGAUUUCUGGGUUUAACGUAUAAAAAAUCAGUUUUCUGACAAAAAAAUAUGAUAACUCCUGACUUUCUGGCAAAUAAUCACCACUAUUCUUGUUGUUUUAACUGAUUUUCCUGAUUUUAAGUUGAUUUUAUUUAAUUAAAGUGAAUAUUUUUAUUCCUGUAAUCUUUCAAAAUGAAGCCACUCAAAUAAAUUUUACCCGAUUUCUGGGUUUUAACUUAGAAAAAUCCCGUUUUCGGGUGCAUCUUUAACAAAAUCACGUGUGAAUCUUUUGUUUUUACAGAUUAAAAUCCAACAUUUUAAUUAAUUUUGUGGUGAAACUCUUCAGCUGUUAAGUGCCUUUUAUUAUAUCAGCCAGCAGCUGAAUCAUAAUAAGAUAACAAUAAGAAGUGUUGGUUAAUUAAAGCCUAAAAUGCUGCUGGAAUCUGGGGGUGUUUGAUUUAUUCCUCGUGCUGCAGCAGACGGGUGGAGUUGGUGUAAAAAUCCACAUUUAUGGAACACAAACAGAUUAUUUUAAUAUAUUUAAAUUAAAUAAACUCACUACAUGAAGCAGGUUUGACGUUAAAUAUUUAAUAAACAGCAGCAGACGAAUCAGGAUUUAGUAUUUUUAAAUCUCUCAGGUGUUUUUUCAGAGACAAAAUCCAGUUAAACUGUUUAUUAUUCUGCUGCUGGUCAGAAAAUUCCUAAAAAAUGUUAUUUUUAAAAAAUCUACGUGAGGUUUCUUAGUAAACUCCACCCGGCUGCAGGUGGGAAAGUCACUCCCUGCUCCGGUUUUUAUAUUUCAGAACUACGGGAUUAAAUUUGUGUCAUAAUUUAAAUAUUACUGAGGAGAUUCUUUGUUAUUUUUCAGUUUCAGUUCCGUGUUAGUGUUUGAGAUGUGAAGCGGAGCCGCUAAAACUUAAACACAGAUUUUAUAGUUAAAUUAUUAUUAAUGUAAAUUAUUAAUAGGAAACAAACAAAAGUGUCUCAAACUGAACCAAAUAACACUUUUUCAUUGUGUCACAUGCACGUUCGAGGAUAAAAAAUGUGUGAAAUCUUGAUGAUGUGACAGAGACUCAUGCUAAUUCUCUAAAUAUUACAGAUUAAUCAAUUAUUGGGCGAUAUUCUACAUUUUUUUCAUGUUUACUGUUAUUUUUAUCGACCAAUCAGUCUGUGGUUCCAGCAUUGUUCUGCCCACAGCACAGUCUGAUUGGCUAUCAGCCAAUUAGCAAUAAAAGCUACUGUGAUAAAACAGAAGCAGCUGCAGUAAAUUAGCGUAUUAGCUUUGAGUUAGCAAACGUUAGCAGAUUGUUAAAUAAAACAAUCUGACACUAACAUGCUUAGAAUAGUUCAGUUGUUAGCGUCAGAGCAACUGGAGCUGGAACUGGAACUCUUAGCCUGCAACUAAUGCUAAGCUAACACACUCAGUUUCCCCGUUAGACUGAAAUCACCAGAAUAGUUCCCUUGUUGGUGUAAGUGCAGCUGGGACUGAUUCUGCUAACGGUGCUAUGCUAAUGCUAUCCUCUUAGCCUGCAGCUAAGACUAAUACUUAGCUAAUGCUAAACUAGCUUUAGCCUGCAUCUAAUGCUAAACUAGCCCACUCGUUUUCCCAGUUGUGAAAACACCAGAAUAAUUCCCUUGGUAAUGUCAGAGCAGCUGGAGCUUAUUUUUUUUAUAACAAUGCUAGGCCAGGCUAAUGGUAUCACUGAGAGGUUAGCCUUGCUUUUUAGCGUACAGCAAAUGCUAUCUCCACAAGGUUAGUUGUGUCACUUAGCCUGCGGCUAUUGUUAAUCUACCGCACACCAUUACCCUGUUAGACUGAGAACACCAGAAUAGUUCACCUGUUGGUGUCAGCAGCUGGGACUGAUUCUGCUAACGGUGCUAGGCUAAUGCUACCACUGAAAGGUUAGCAGCGCCUCUUAGCCUGCAGCUAACACUAUCUGAAGCACCGUAACAUCUUCCUAAAGUCACAUUAACGUUAUUUCUUCUAAUUAACGAGCAAAAACUGAACAAGAAGCACAAACAUCAAGAAGCACAGUUCUACGGUGGCUAAAGCUAUGCUAACGGCUAGCAGCUAGCAGCUAAGCUAGGAGGAAGCAUCAGAUUAGCCUGGAACAGAGUCUGAAAAACAAAAAAUGCUUGAAGACCUGGACCUUAGUGGGUAAUAAGAAUGAUAAACUACAGGUAGCUACAGGAGACAAACUGAUCAAUGCUAAUCAAUUGAUCAGGUAUAAUAUCAAUAAGUUAUAAUCAUUAUUAUUGAUGAAGUAGCCUAGUUGUGGAUGUUAUAUGUAAUAACAAUAAUAAUAAUAUCUAACAUGUAAUGCAUAUCUGUUCCAAAUGUUAGUUAUCGGUGUCUUUGAUAUUGACAUCGGCGCUGUAAAACCAAUAUUGAUUGAUCUUUGCUAACAAACUAAAAAUCAUCAAAUGUCCAAAGGGAAUGCAGCACUAUAAGCCCCACCCACAUCAGAUUUUUGAAGUAAAAACUAACCUGUAGAAAGCAGAAAAUAAAUCCUGAACGGAGGCGUCUUGUAUGAUUUAAUUUUAAGCUCUUUUUUAAAAAAUAUAUUUUGUUCAUUUAUUUUGACACCAGUUGAAUUCCGUACAGGUCUGAUCUUUAUUCGCACAUUUAAAGCUCAGAUUUGUCCUUCAGGAAGCAAUAAGUGUAGAAAAACGGAGAAUCACAGCUGUUUUAAAGCUCAGAAAUGAUCCGGGAGAAUGUUUGUGGAUUUGGGUCUGCAAAGUCACAAAGUAUUUUAACUCCAGAGAAUAAAUCAGGAAGAGAAGAAUCACGUACUGUCCAACUUUAUGAGGCUUUAACCGCAUAAAGUUUGUAAAAAUUGAAUCAUGUUUGGGCCUCAGACUAGCUUGAAGAACGAGGAGAUGAUCUGAGCUUCCUCCAGCACAGAUCAACUCCAUAAAUGUUUGUUUUUGUGUCAUAAAGUCGACCGGAGGAGCCGAGAAAAGUUCAGCUCUUCAUGGUCCAGAUGGUCUGAAACCUCCUCAGGAUGCGUUCAGGUCAUAUAACGUAAUUUCCAUUUUGUGGAAGUUUUUCUGUCGUAAAUGCAUCUGAGCUGCAGCAUGAAGAGUUAAAAUCAGGUCACACCAGCGAGAAGACUGCAGAUUUAACGUCUUUGGAGUGUUUCUCGGCUUCAGCGCGUAGAAAAAGUUAGAAAAUCUAACAGUAAGUCCUCCGCCAUCCAUGGUUUUUGUCCACAUUUUGAGUUUAAGCACUGAAAAUGUGAAUAGAAAUGCUGGAAAUUUGCCAUUUUUUGAUCCACGUUGGCAUGUUUUCCAUUUAUCAUCUAUGUAAACAGGCUGCAAUGCAUUCUGGGAGCGGAUCCUAGUCAGCUCCAUGUUUGCGUAAAGUUGAAGUUUAGACGACUUUUUACCAAUCAGGGACGUUCAGGACGACUCGCUGCCUCAACAAACUGUCAAAAGGCUUCAAAUAAUGACAGAUUUCACUAUUUUUCAUAAAAAUGAGGUCCACAGUUUGACGGUUUACAAGUGAAGCGUUCGUCCAAUUAGUUGCAGCCAAUGUUUGUUUUCUCUGUUGACUAAAAGUUUGUCUGUUGAGGGUCUAAAGUUUGGAAGUUUUGACGAUUCACGUCCAAAAAUGCCACCAUAAACACGAACCAUCAGUGAAUAAAUCACAUGAUUUAACCACACGUUUGUGGCUAAACCGGAAAGAUGAAACUUAGCCCAAAAAUACUACUUACUAUGUAUAUGUAUAUAUAUGUAUAUAUAUAUAUAUAUAUAUAUAUAUAUAUAUAUAUAUAUAUAUAUAUAUAUACAUAUAUAUAUAUAUAUAUAUAUAUAUAUAUAUAUACAUAUAUAUAUAUAUAUAUAUAUAUAUAUAUACACACACACACACACGAGUAAAAAUCAGCUAAGGAGUAAUAAUGUGUAACAAAUCAUCUAGACAUUCAAAUUAUUUUAUUGAUUAAUUAAAGGACAUUUUAUUACACUUUGAUGGUUGCCUUAUCAAUAGAAACAUAUGAAAAGAUAGUAAACUAGGCACAUUUUUGACAAAUAGCCUAUCAAGUUUCCAAAAUUACGCUUAUGUAUGUAACUUUUUGACGGAAAAAAGUGAACUUUUUGACGGAAAAAGUGAACUUUUUGACGGAAAAAAGUGAACUUUUUUCCAUCAAAACUAACAUACAAAAGUAACAUAAAUAAGCGUAAUUUUGGAAACUUAUCAAAAACGUGCCUAGUUCACUAUCUGUUCAUAUGUUUCUAUUGUUAAGGCAAUCAUCAAAGUGUAAUAAAAUGUCCUUUGAUUAAUCAGUAAAAGAAUUUGAAUGUCUAGAUGAUUUGUUACACAUUAUUACUCCUUAGCUGAUUUUUACAUAUAUGUAUAUGAGAUACAAUUCUUUAAGCUCUCCAUCCACAGGAAGAUGGAUGUUGGUGAAGAAAGAAAGAAAAAUGCGGCUUUAAAGCUGCAUUCUGUCUAACAGCCAGCAGGGGGCGACUCGGAUCGUAUAGAAGUCUGUGAGAAAAUGAUGUAACUUCUAAAUGAUUUGUUGCCUCAGUGGACGUUUUCCUAAAGAAUUUAUGGUCUCAAUUAGUAGUUCCAAGUCUCUUUUAAUACAACAUUAUGUUUACAUUGUAAAUUUUGGUCAAAUGUAGAAUAGAUGAUAAAACUCAUCACGUCUGGUUUAAAACAAACUCAGUCUUUUAUCUACAGCUUUUUCACCACUGACAACCGUUUGUCUCGAUAAAAGACUUCCAAAACACCAACAAACAUUAAUUCUCACUUUCUUCCGUUUGAAAGUUGUACCACUUUUUGCGCAGAAACCCAACAAUGAACCUGCUGGUUGAGUCUUUAACAGCAGAAUGAGUUUCCUUGGUUUAUUCGAAGACAUUUUCUGUAAACCAGACGUCAACAUGGAGCUCCGUCUUGGUUUACAUCUGACAGAUUUGUGGUAAUUGAAUACCGACGUGAUUCUAAACGUUGAAACGCUGGUGUGACCGAACCUUUAAAUCUCCCUCCGUUAGUAUGAAUCAGGAGUUUCUGAAUAAUCUGAUGUGUUUUUAAUCAAAGUGCCAAAUUAUUCAGGAAAUGUUGAAUGAAAAUCAGAAUAUAUCUCUGAUAUUUUUAUUACUGCUCCGCUUGACUUUGUAUUUAAAGCUGCACUUACUAAUGUUUGUAUAUUAACUGUGUGAAAUGUGUAGUUUGCAUUUAGCUUCUUCUAGCUCCUGGUUUUGGUUUUUUCGGUGUUGGAGGAAACCAAAACUGAGCUAAAAACACACAAAUAAUAAAUAAAGUUCUCGUUCUGCUGCCCCCUGGUGGCUAAAAUCUGUUAAUGCAGCUUUAAAUGAUAAAACUUAACAUGAAUCAAGUUUAUUUUAUAUUAAAAUCUUCUUGUAAAAGACAAUAAAAACACAUUUCAUUGAAUUUUCGUAAAUGUCGCCGUUGGAUGUUUAGAUUCUGUGAUUCAGCUACUGAAUGUGGUUUCACUAAUGUUGUACAUAGUUUGUUUUUAUUAUUUUUUAACUCUGACUGCACUUAUUUCCAGAGCUGGAAACGUGACACUCUGCUUGUGACGCACUUAUUACGUCUGUUUUACUGUAUUCCUGUUAACGACGUCUGAAAUUAAACCUUAAACGAGACACAGAUUAUGAAUUAAAUAUUAUUAAAUCUGCUUUAAAGGAUGAACUCAUCUUUUAUUGAGUGUUUUUCAGUCAAUAAAUAAUCUAAAUAAACUAAUUGUUGUCUAUUGACGUAUUUAAGAGCAAUUUUGUUGUGUUUUAAGGUUUAAUUCUGACUGUAUUUUACAUUUUGUCUGCAAAAGUUUUUUAUCCAAUAAAAUGUUUAUGAUCCAUUAAA